AUGCCUACCAAAUCCUCCUCUAGUAAGGGUGUCAAGAAAGGUAUGCCCCAUACUUUCUCCCCUCAUUCAUCAUCCUCGCCCAUCAGAAAAAAUCCAAAACGUAUACAAUCAGCUAUCCGUAAGCAAAUUAACAACAGCUCUCCAGGAACCCCCAAGAUGGAUUCAUCUACCCCAAGUGAGUACUGCGAUCAACUAACAGAGCUUCAACGGGCUUUUCUUCAUGGCGCUACGAAGUAUACUGGUUCUAAUCACUAUGCCUCUGGCGCAGAGAUCAAAUCUGAGAUAUCUUCCCCCACUCCCGCUUCUGUCGCCAAUGAUGAGAACGAGAGUGAGUACAUUUUUGACUUGACUCCUAUCUCAGACCCAAUCUCGGCCCCAUUUCCAUCUACUGAGGAUGACCUUACCUUGCGUCUCGCUACCACUGCUGACCCCACUGGCUACCCUAUCUUUGUUUCUCGAAAUGGACUCUGGGACUGGUAUUAUCUUGACUCUAACAACAAAACCAUAGAGUCUUCCGUUACCCCUGCCAACGAUACGGUCAACGAAAAUGCCAAGAGCACAAAGAGUGAGUUUGCCGAUAAUCUCAGUCAUUCCCUGAACCAAUUUCCCUGCACCGAGGACGACAUGACCUUGUCUCUCUAUCCCAAUCCAGGUUCCAAUUCGACUGAAAAUCCCACCUUUUCUUCUCAAAACGGACGUUGGGAAUGGAUGUUUCUCCCCUCUAACACGGAUAUAGCGUCUCCCGUCAAGGUCAAGAUGGAGGACAUUCCCGAGGGCAAUCCAAGGAUGCAUCGACCAAGCAACCCCAUCUCCGCCUCAUUCUCCACCGCCAACAUGGACCGUUUUCCCUUUCCAAACAGCAUCCCCGACAGCGACGGUGAAAUCUCCACCGUGCCAUCGCUGGUUGAAAACAUAGCCGAGCAAGCCAGAACCGCGAAGCAUGUCAGAUUCUUCAUGAACACUUCCCAUGACAAGCACUUCAUCCCAAUCGAAGUCACCCCUCUCACUGGCAACGAAAAUUGGGAUUCGUGGUUGGCCGCCAUGCGCCUACUCUUCCGCCAGCACUCGGUGUGGCCUAUUAUCACUGCGGAGCUUCAGCCACUGACCCCUGACCAUAACCUGUACCUGUGGUACCAGCGUAUGUGCGACUGUGCAAUCGGCCUCAUCUAUGCCAAUGUCUCUGAGGCGGUCCGCAAGUCCCCUUGUUUUGUGAGCACCGUGCGCGAAGAUGAUCCUGAUGCUUUGAUGUCCCAUCUGUACGCUCACUAUUCCUCGCCUGAUUCCGAUCACGUUCAUGAGGAUGAGUUUGACUAG